AUGAAUUUUUCAAGUAACAACAAAUCCUCCAGCUUUUCAAACACGUCCAAAUCCCUCCCGAAUCUUCCUGCUUCUACACUCAUCCCAUGGGCUGCGGUAUAUUUCACUCAAUGUUUUGCCGGAGCCGCUUGCAAUCUCCUGCUGAUUUUCCUGAUUUUCACUAGCGGCAAACUGCGUGCUGGCUGCAGUCUGCUAAUUGGUCACUGUCUCAUACCGCAGUUUAUAUUGUGUUCCGUGGGACUGCCGCUGAAUGGCGUUCUCCUUUAUGGUCAUCAAGUACACCGCUGGCAAUUGAACACACAUGUAUCCUGCAAUGUCACACUAUGGAUCGCCAUGACCUGCCGGUACGCCAAUAACUGCAUUGAAGCUUACAUCGGCGCUAAUCGGGUUGUGGCGCUGUUUAAACCGCACCAGUACCGCGCUUUCGCCCGUACCAGAGUCGAGCAUGGCACUGUAACAAUCCUGUGGAUUAUUUCCAUGUUUUUAGCGGGUUUAGGCUGCUUCGAUCUGGGCAUCCGGUAUUUCGUGCUGCCUCUCGGAUCUUGCGGACUGGACCAGAAGGAUAUGGUGGGAGCAGUCACUUUUGCUCUCGGAUACUAUGUGCCGCUGGUCUUUGCGGCCGUUGGCUAUUGCCUGAUAUAUAUCAAAAUGGCGGUGAACCGGCGCAACCGCACAAAAACCUUUCCCGUGGUUCACGUGUCGCAGUUCCGCGACAGCGAUACCGCCGGCACGGUACUGCAUAAUGGAAGGAAUACUGCAGAGAAAAGACGCGUCAGCAAGCUGAAAAUGGUAUUCGUGGCGUUCUUCUGGAACGUGCUGUGCUAUUUAAUUUGGCCGGUGGUGGUCAUGUUCGCUCCGCAUUUGCUGCAGAUUCCGUUAGCGUCACUGGUGUUUGGAAAUAUUACGCCCCUUGGAUAUACUAUCACUCCGAUACUUUUCCUUGGUAUGAGCGGGGACUAUCAAAAGGAAUGGCGACGCCUCUUCCAUGCCGCACAAUAUAAACUACUAUUCAAAAAGCUGUAG